UUUGCAUUUGCUCACCGAUCCUCGUUUCCAGAUUUGCUCAACUUGAACCGCCUGCAGACCUCGUCUGCUGCCUAUGCGGACGCCACCUACGCCACGACGGCCUCUCCCGUCCACGGCCACUUUGCACCCCCUUCAGCUACUCCCUAUGAUGCCCUGGGAUACGCACCUGCUCCUGUGCGGCCGCCUACCUUUAGCACCCUUGGCCACGAAACAGAUGCCUCGCGGAGAUUCUCUCAACACGUCCACGCUGACGACCGAAGAGGCUUCGCCGAAGCCCUUGACGCCAGCCAGGGCAUGCUCGCCAUGAGCCAGGAGACGCCAAGAAACAUCUACGGCAACCGCAACGACCGAUCUUCCGUGGACUCUUAUGGCUUCCCGUCGACGCACUCGACCAGCUCCUCCAUCUCCUCGUCCGGUAACUUCAGCUCCUACUAUGGCGACUCCGUCUCCGACUACUCAACCGCGGGCUCAGACAUUGAAUCUGUAGGCUCGAGAACGCUCCCUCGACCUCAGGGCAUGAUGUCAUCGAUGCCUCCUGCGCCCCAAUCCAUGAUGGGCCAAUUCAGCUCCAAGGUGUCGUCCAGCACCCAGAAGAAGCACAAGUGCAAGGUCUGUGACAAGCGCUUCACACGACCAAGCUCGCUACAGACGCACAUGUACAGCCACACUGGCGAGAAGCCAUUCGCCUGCGAAGUCGAGGGCUGUGGACGCCACUUCUCCGUCGUCUCCAACCUGCGACGCCACCGAAAAGUCCACAGAGGCGAUGCCCGGUCCGAGGCUGGCUCAGAGGACCAUCACUCGGAUUAA